AUGAGAGGCGGUGCCACCGGAAAGAGAAAACCAACGGAAGCCUUCACCGGCGCACAACCUCCUUACCAGCGUCAACUCUUCAACUCCCGUGACUCCGACGCCAGUUUCGCCAGCAGCCGUCAGUCAUCAAUCAUAACAACCCGAACCACCUCCGAUAACAGAUCUCACCAAUCAGCAACUAUCCACUCCAUCAACGCCUUCCUCUCCUCACACAACUCCCCGAUCUCGCUUCGCCCCAACUCCGUCCCUCCGGUUAAAGAAAUCUCUGAAACGCUAAUAUUCGUCCUCUCAACGGUCCAUCUCCCCUGCGAUUCGCGUAAAUGGGACGACGACGUCGUUUCUUUCCUCAGAUCGCUUAACUGUCCGUUCAAACUAACUAAAUCCACUCUCCGCGCUCCGAAUUCGCCUCACAAUUGGCCUAAUGUACUCGCUGUGAUAAACUGGUUGGUUCAGUACUCUCGUUUCCGUCAAUAUUUAUCUUCCAAUCCAACGUCCGUGGCCCCGGAUGAUGCUAACUCGAUGUCGUCGGCCUUCGGGAUACGAAGCUACUGUUAUUAUAUCCGCGGGGAGGAUGAUUUGGUUAACGAACUUGAUUCGGAGAUCUUGGGGAAGUUAGAAGCUGAGAAGGUUGCUAUAGCCGAAACGAUCUCUAGCUCUGAGAAGAUUGGGAGGGAGUUGGAGGCGAAACUCGACGCGCUGAGGAAAGGUCCGUCGAGGAAAGAUACUUUGGAGAAGGUUAAAACUGAUUUGGAGAAAGAUGUGGAUAAGUUUCGUACGAUGGUUACGGAACGUAGCGAGAGGAGUCGUGGGAUGGAGAAGGUUUUGGAGGAGAAGGAGAAGGAAGUGAGAGCUAAGGAGGAAGAGAGGGAGAGGAUGGUUGAAGAGAAUGAGGAGUUGAAGAAGAGUGUGGUGGUUCAGAGUUUUAAUGUGAGAGAUGUUGAGAGGAUGAAGAGAGAGUUGGUGGCUGUGGAGAGAGGUGUUGAGGAAGGUGAGGGUGGUAGAGGUGCUUGGGAGCAGAAAGCUUGGGAGGUUGAUUCGAAGAUUAGUAAUCAGUUUCAUCAGAUUCAGAGGAUGGGUAUUGAUUGUAACCAAGCUUUGAGGCGGUUGAAGGUUGAUGUUCAGUUUGUUGUGAAUGAGAGUGGACAAUCACCUGAAGAGGUGAUGGGUGUGGAGUAUAAAGCUAUAGUGAAGCCAGCUCUGUGCUCUUUAUAUGAUGGUAUCAAAGAAGGGUCAACGAAGAAGGUUGAAGAACUUGUUUCAUUACAACAACAGGUGUCUGAAAUGGCGUCGAAGAUGGAAUCAGGAAAGAGUCUUUUGAGGUCAAUUCAGUUGCAGGUCAAUGAAGUGGAAGAAAAGAUGAAGCUAGUGAAGAAGGAGACUCAGGAGUUGGCUACAAAAUGCGACAUGGAGGCGAAAACAAUGUUGGAGGAUGUGAGAGCAGAGGCUAUGAGUCUAGAGGUUGUGGAGAAGGAAGCUGCGGAGAUGUUGAAAGCUUCAGAGGUUAGAUUGGAAGAAGCAGGGAAGCAGAGUGAAGAGGAGGUACAAGCUGUUGCUGCACAACUCUUUGCGCUUAUCGAUUCGAUAUCGAAACACAAAGAGUAUAUGGAUUCGAAGAUCCUAGAGGUGAGAACUGGUGUUUCUGAUACUGCGAGUGCUGUUUCAGAGAUCUACAAAGGGAGCCUUAAGAGGCAGCUUGGUGGUAGAGUAGCUUGCUAA